CCUGGAGUUUCAAAUUCAGAUGGGUAACAGAUUUCGGUAGAACACCUGUUUAAACACGUCCGGAAGUAGAGUAUUUGUAGCGUUUUCUCUAGAAUAAAACUAAAUUAAGUAUUAUUUCUGUAAUGUAGAAGUGAGUGUAUAUAACUGUUGUCCGUCCAAGUUGUAUAAAUGUGGCGUUUAAAGUCGUCACUACAGCGAGGGCAAGGCUUCUGCUUUGAAGAGUGUCAAUAAAGCACCAGAAGGAGACAGUGGUGGAAUCCGUUGAUGAAGUUGUAAGAUUGGACCAAUUAGCUCAAACGUGACCGCGUUUGGAGCCACGACACUAAGGGACAAAACUGGUUUAUUGCACAGAGACUGGAACAGCUCUCAGAAACACAGGAUGAUUUAUCGUUGAAUCAGCACAUGUUGUACACCACGAACGCAGUCCUCCCGGGGCUUCCGGUCCGCUCUGCUGCUAAGCUUUCUGGGGGCAGUCUCAAGGAAUAGAUUACUGUAGGGCUUCUCAUUUUGAGGAUUAAGGAGGACCAGCCAUUGAUGACAAUCUCGCACCGAUUGAUUCGGUGCACAGUGCUGCUCUCUAAAAUGAAGAAGAUACUGAUGAAUUUUUCCAAGAAGAUGCGAACAGGCACGCCGGACAGCGGCUGUGCACUCUCUGUGGGAUACGAGGUGACUAAAGGGGAGCUGAAAAACAUCCACAAGGCUGCCUGGAAGGGCAAUUUGGCCAAGAUUGAGCGUCUGGCCAAGAGCAGUGACAUAAACAAGGUCGACCAGCAGAACAGGACGCCACUUCACCUCGCUUGUGCCAAUGGACAUGCCAGGGUGGUGAGAUUCCUUGUGGAGAAAAAAGCCAACCUCAAUUUAUGCGAUAACCACAAUAGGACCGCUUUAAUGAAGGCGGUGCAAGGCCAGCAUGAGCAAUGUGUGAACAUUCUCCUGGAAAACAAUGCAAACCCCAACCUGGUGGACACAGAUGGCAACACAGCUUUACAUUUGGCAUCAAGCUUCUCAUCUAUCUCCACUGUUAUAUUGCUCUUGAAGAAGGGUGUUGAUAUUGAUCCUUCAAAUCUGGAAGGUCUUUCCCCCCUGACAUUGGCAGUCCAAGAAGACUAUGUAAAAAUGGCAGAGUUUCUGCUGAAUCGAGGUGCUGAUGUUAAUCAUUUGGACAACCAUCAAAGGUCCCCAUUGAUGAUAGCUGCUGCCAAUGAGUGUGUCGAUAUGGUGCGACUGCUCCUGCAGUUUGAUGCAGAUACCACGCUGACCGAUAACACAGGGAAAUCAGCUAAGGACUACGCUGAGAUGAAUCAGGCGUGUUCCCUCCUUAUCAUCGAGCACGAUGCCCAGAGCAGCCAGGCGAACUGCUCAUCUCGCCCAUGUUCAAGUAAAAAGACGACACUGAAAACUGGCAUUGCUGCAGCAGGACCAUUCCUUGGCAUCCAGUUUUCUAUUCCGGAACCUACAUACGGCCUUGAUUCGACAGGCGCACAUGCUCAGAUGGAGAACCAAAUCCAACAAGAAGAAAACAAAUGUGAAGGAGAACACCAGAAACAAACUGACCUGAUGGAAGAGCUUGAUUUGGGAGCGUUUGAUAGUAUUCCAGAUUCAUCAGAUGCUGACACAUCUAGUACUUCCAGUAGGAGAAGUCUGCCUGUUUGCACUGAAGGUUCUCCGCCCAAAGAAGUUCCAGAGCGCUCCAGUCCCUCUGCUGAGCAGGUGGUAGCUGUAAUUCCGGAGGCAAUGGGCUCAGAUGGUACACUACCUGCUUACCAAGCUCCACAUCCUCAGACCUUAAUGAUGAUUAUACAAGAGAGUGAUGAAGAAUCAAUUUGGGACCAAGACAGUUCAUCUUCAUCAUGCGGCGAGACCAACGAUGACAAUCAGCAGCCUCAGGCAACACCUGGAGCAGACUUCCCUGAACCAGCAAGAGAGGAAAAAGGUAAUUUGCAAACUGACGAGCAGCAGGUGCACGAAGAGGAGACAAAGACCCAGGAUGAGAAGCUGUCCAAAAAAGUGGAGAAAAGUGAAGGGAAAUCCAUUUUCAGUAAUUUUUUUGGAGCAAUAAAGGGUACUCUUGGCAAGCCGUCCAGACCAGAAACCAAUACAGAAGAAAAGCAGGUUGAUUCAUCCUCUUCUAAAGAAGAUGAAAUUGAUAUGGAGGAAGGGCAAACCAGACAACUUUCACCUGAAGGAAAGAACAGGGUCCUCUUCGAUGAACACAAACAGGGGGAUUUUGAGUGCGAAGACUCUUUCCCAGCCUCUGUUGACAACUCCAUGAGCAAGGAGAAGAAACUGUCUGUUAUUCCGUCCCCUGUCCCCCAAUUUCAUCAACCCCAAGAACCCCUCCCAAGUGAGGAGAAACCAUCGUUUAGUCUGUCCCCUGUCCUCCUAUUUCAAAAACCUCAAGAACCCCUCCCAAGUGAGGAGAAACCGUCUGUUUGUCUCUCUCCUGUGCCCCUGUUUCAACAACCCCGUGAACCCCUCCCAAGUGAGUCGCCACAACCCCGCUCAGCGAAGAAGGAGAAUAUUUCUGUAUGUGCCACACCUGUGCCUUGCCACAACCAACAGAUGAGCAAUAAUCAAAAAGAACUAGAGGCUGCCCAAAGGACUGCUAAGAUUGUUUCAAUGACAAAUCCCAAUGUUUCCUCUGACACGAGUGAAAGUUCAGAGGAAGCAGCCGAAGCAGAUGAGGAACCUGUAAGGUUGAGUCAAACAGAAGCCUCUCGUCAAGUAGAGAAACCAGUAACCUCUGAGAGGGGGUUGGUGCAAUCAUCACUUGCACGUCAGCUCAUCUUCGAUCUCAGCAGACCUGGGGGACAGUCUUUAGAGGAGUGCUCACAGCUGACAUUGGUUAGCGAAGCAUGUUGCAUUCCCAAGAGCAGUUAUGGAAUCAACAAAGAUCUUGAGUUUGACAACACUCUGAAUGAUCUGUCGGAAGAUGACACAAGCAGGUGGCAGAUAAAAAGACAGAACACUACUUUAAACACUGAAGAGUUUUUUGAAGACACAGAUGAGUUAAUUUCGUCAUCAGAGGAGACUUCUGCCAUCGUGCAGAUGCUGAAGGAAGCCACUGCAGACUCCAUGAGUAAGAAGAAAGCACAGGACAUGUUCCAUGACCGCUCUGUUCGAAAAGAAAAAGGCCAUCAAGUCUUUGUUGCAGAAAAGCUGCAACAACAACAUAUUUGUGACUUGGAGGAAAAGAAUUUGCAGUUGGAAAGCGAAGUUGCGCACAUGUCACGUCAGCUGAAACGGAAGCAAGAAACUGUCAUGCUGUACAAAAACGCCAACGAGAAGCUUGAAGAGGACCAUAAACCCAGCCAAAUGCAAUGGACUCUAGAUCCCAACCGGAUGAACACGCUGCUGCAUAUGUCAAACUGUGAGAAGAUCAAACUUCAAGAAAUACAGGAGGAGUACAAAAAAAGCAAAAAUAAUGAGGAGCAUCUCAGGACAGAACUUCAGCAAUUACAGGUGAGCAGCAACAUCAAACAAACAGACCUGGUCCAGGAGAACGAGUCCCUCAGGGAACAGCUGGAAGAUGUUCGGCAAGAUCUCAAACUUGCCAAUGACAACCAGAUCCAUAGUGAAUUGGAUUGGAAUGCUAAAAUUCAGGAGUUAAUGUGUGAAGUGUCACUAGCAAACAACCUCCUAGAGAAAGAGCAGAAGGCUUGUGAAGUCUUGGUGGCAGAGACCCAAGCGAUCCGCUCCAGCCUGGCUGAGUUGGAGCAAACCCGGUCAGACUUGGAGAAAGCUCUGCACCUGGAAAAGGAGGAACGCCAUCGGCUUGAAAGUGAAGCCCACAGUCAUCGUGAAGUAGUCACCAAGCUGUACCAGAAGUUGACCAAGGUGAAAGCAAAUUCAGGCAGCUUGGAGAGCGAAGCACGUAAAUUAGAGGUCCAAAUAGCAGAGAAGACCCUCCAUCUGAACGCGGUGCAGCAUGAAAACGACCAAUUAGGUGCACGCGUUAAAGAGCUGGAAGCAGCGCUGCAGGCCGAGAAGGAGGUGGCCACUCGAACUGUUGCUCGGCAAGGGUCCACUCAGGAGCUCCUAAACCAAGCCCAGAAUGAUAGCAAGUUCUUCCAGCAACGGCUAGAGGAGGCCCAAAACAAAGCCAUUGCAAACGAGAAGGCUCUAACAGAUGCCCAGAAGUCUUUCAACGACAGUUUUUCCAAGCUUCAAGCCGACCGUGAUGACAGAUUACAACAAAUGCAGGAAAAAAAUAAGGAGCUUGCCAGUAAAGCAGCCGAAAAUGAAAAUCAUAUUCGCAAAUUAGAGCAGGAGAAAAACGAAAAGCAGACUUAUCAAAGGCAAAUGGAGCAGGAUAUGACUGAAAUGUCAAAGAACCUGUCAAAGUGUGAAGCUUCUCUAGAGAUUGCGACAACAUAUCGUAGGGAUUUGGAGGAGGAGAAGGCUCGGCUAAUCAAAGAGAUCGACAAACUUAAAGGAAAGCUGGAGGACAGAGAAGUUCAAUGCUUACAAGCUGAGAGGAACAAAAAUGAUCGAAUGAUCCAAAUGGAUGAAAGAGAGAAAGAAAUCAGCGUUGCCGCUCGGAAACAGAAAGAAGCACAGGCUGCCGUGGACGCCUCCAAUGACAUUAUCCAACAGUUAGAAGAGACGACGCAUAGGCUGGAGAUCGAAAACAUCAGGCUCAAGGCUUCUGCAAAUCAACACUGCCACAAAUUUGAAGCACUUCAAAAAGUCGCUCAGGAAGACGCAAGGAUCAGAGUUCAGUUGGAGGAGUUGGUGACAAAUCUUCAAAGCAGUAAAAUUACUUUGGAAGACCAACUUAACAAAGAGGUGCAGAGGCAAAGCCUGCUUACAAGUAACGCUCAAGACAGUCAUGCUAUGUGGAAGGAGGAGAUGAAGAGCCGUUCCAAGUUAGGGCUGCGUUUUGCAGAGCUUGAAAAGGAACAGAAGGAGCUGAACAACCAGAUGGAAUUGGAGAUGAAGAAAACAGAAAACAUACAAGAGCAGAAGAGGGCGGUUGACUUGCGGCUGGAACAGGAGAUGAAAAGAAACUCAGAUCUUCAAAAAGAAAUGUACAGGUUACAAUCGCUACUUAAAACAGCCAAGAAGAAAAUGCAAGACCACCAAUCAAGUGCUUUGGAAAAAGAAAAGAUCUACCACCAGCUCAACGAGCUUCAGGCAGAGUUGGAGAGAGAGAUUUCAUCUCGCAGUCAGUUAGAGAAGAUUAAGAGGCAGCUGGAGGAAGAGGUGAUCAGUCUGAAACGCAGCCAAGACCCCCCUGUGGACGUGAGUGCCCAGGCCCCAACAGGCAAUGGCUCAAAAAAACUCGGCCCUGUUACCGAGCCGACCUGCACUGUGGAGGACUACCUGAACAAGAUGCGUCACGACUUGGAAAUUGCCAUGUCAAGAGAGUUAGGCAUGCGUGAGUACUCGAAUGAAGCAAAACACUGGGUGUAUCCGAAGUCUGGCCCGAGGGCCAAUUCCUUGGUGAGACUAGACGUGUCUUCGGGACGCAUGUCGCCUGUCAGCAGGGCAAGGCAGGAGUAUGCCAAUAUACUCAAAAGGAACCAUGAGGUGUAAACCCUUGGGAAGCUAAUACCACACCAGAGGGUUACAACCCAAUGCUACUGUUUCAUGAUAUAAUGUCGUCCAUUUUGUAAGUAAUUUCUCCUUUUGUAUUUGUAAUGAAAUAUAUGUCAUCAUAUAAGAAACCUGUCUAGGUUUUAAAGAUGACCCAAAGAACAUGUCUCAACAACCAACCAACUCGACAAACGAGUCGUGUCAUUCCUGAGAA